GUGCUUCUGCUCUUCCCGACCCGACUGCAGCCACCCGAAAGAAAAAAAAAAAGGGAAACCCAGCCAUGCCUUGAGGAAGCCGGUAGAGAGCUUGAUUUUUCCCUUCUUUUCUUGUCCAAGAACCUGAUUUGGAACCCAGAAAUCUCCCCCCCUGUAGGAAGCUUCCGGAUCUGCUCUGCUCCUCCUCUUCACCGCCGGCUGCUCCUGCUUUGUGGGGGCGAAUUUCUCUGAUUUUGGGUAAGAAACAGCCAUGAAUCUCCCUUCUCUAGCUUUAAAUUGGCUUGGGUUUGCUUUAAUUCCUCUUGGUUCUUGAAUUUUUGGGUGGAUUGCGUGAUUGUCCCUGCACUGCCGCCGGCCUCCCCCAACCUGCAGUCCGGUUCCUUGCUUGCAAAUUCUGGCUGGUGUUUUGGCCAAUUUUUGGGAGUGGAGUUACCGUUCACGUUAUGGUACUGUUCGCGGGUACUGUUAACACAUCGAGGGUCAACAAUUAACGGGGAUUUAAAUGAUUAGUUUGUGAUAUAAGAACGAAUUUGGAGAUAUUUGAUCAUGUGGAGAUUGAUAGGAAUAGCAUCGGGAUUAGGAGUGAUCUUAAUGAUGAUUUCAGUUUAAAUUUGUGAUAGUUCGGUAUUAAUUCUGAGGUGUUUUGAUUAGGUUCCCGAUCGUUCUGUCAGUUAGCACUAAGAUUGAGUGCUUGGUUUUAUGUGAGUGAGGUAAGUAGAUUAUAGUAACGCCCUUCGAUUUUAGAAGCAUGUUUUGAUUUGUUUUUGAAAUGGUGGCGGGACCAAACCCGUUUUAUGCAAAAAGUCGGUUCCUCCUGCCAGUGGGAGUUGUUAAACACUGGUAUUUCUGUAAUCCUGCUAGUGGGGGUUAAACACUAGUAAUUUCUGUAGCCUGCCAGUGGGAGGUUUAAACACUGGCCAUGACCUAUAGAGGAGACGUCUAUUUCGUUCUCGUACUAUAUCCGUUUUUCAUGAUUGCACUUGUUGGCGUGCUAUAAGUUUAAUAAGGGGCACUCCAUAUUUUACUUACUGAGUUAUUUCAUAGUUUUUCCUUGUCCACUAUUUCAGGAAGCGAAACUGAGGAUGGGGAAACCACGGGAAGUGACGAGUUAGAAGGCUAGCCAUUUCGAGAUUGAUAUAGGUUUUAGAAAUAAAUUAUGAUCUGUAAACCAGAGUGUAUUUGGAGAUUUUAUGAUAUCAGAGUAAAUUUUAAAGAUUUAAUCUUCAGAUUUGGUGGUAUCAGAUUGUGAAUUGGAUAAGUUCCGAGCCUUGUGCAUUUGUGGGACCCGUUUCACGAGUGCACGGCGUCUGUCGCGCCUCAAAUUUGGGUUUUGGGGCAUGACAAUAGGGGUGGCUUAUGUUCAAUUGGCUAAAGACCACAAUCCUCCAAUAGGCUAAAAAUUCAUUUUAAU